GAGCGGCAGGCACCGGGCCCCCCGGGCGGGGCGGCAGGCACCGGGCCCCCGGGCGGGGCGGCAGGCACCGGGCCCCCGGGCGGGGCGGCAGGCACCGGGCCCCCGGGUCUCAGGCCCCCAGGCGGGCUCGGCGGGCACCGAGUCACCAGGCACAACAGUGGGCUCCGAGUCAACUGGGAUGACCGCUGGCACCUGGGUCAGACAUUGGAUCGUCUGGCUGGACAGCGGCAUCGGGUCACCAGGCAUCAGGUCAUUUGGCUCGACAGCGGGCACCGCGUCAUCUGGCAAGGCAGUGGGCUCCGAGUCAACAGGCACGACAGUGAGCACCGGGUCAUCAGGUACCGGAUUGUCUGUCUCGACAGGGGCAUCGGGUCACCAGGCCAUCAGGUCAUUUGGCUUGCCAGUGGCACCGCAUCAUUGGCAAGGCAGUGGGCACCGGGUCACCAGGCA